AUAAAUAAUAUAUAUAUAUAAAUAGUUAUAAUAUAUAAAUCAUUCCAUGAAUAAUACUUGAACCAUUUCGAUUGAUUAUUAUAUGCAUGUAUGAACGAAGCAUAGUAUUGUUUAUACUGUAAGAGCUGGCUGAUAAUACGGUUGACAAUAACAAAACUAUGUCUAACGAACCUGCUAUAACACAACUCUCUCAUCAUUUACAACAGAAAUUAUGUCAAACACGACCACCUUAUCGACAAGGGAAAAAGUUGACUGCAGUUAAGAUAUAUACGAUUAAUGAUGAAUCACAACAUUUGAUGAUUUGUGAUGUACCACAAUUGCAAUUAAAACAAGAAGUAAAAAAACUUAUCUUUCCUUAUGGAGCUGUAAAAAAAGUUCAUGUAGUUUCUAAUUAUCCUUCAGAAGAAUUUACAGAAGCAUACCAUGUACAUUAUGAAGAUAUACGAAGUGCAAGAAUAGCAAAGCAUUUUCUUGAUGGGAAGAAUUUUUAUGGUGGUAUUCUACAUGUUUUUUAUGCUCCUGAAUUGGAAUCUGUAUCAGAAACAAGAGCAAAACUUAUGCAACGUCAUAAAGAUGUGUCUGUACGAUUAAAACGUAAUAAACAAGAUUUUGCAUAUGAUAGGAAAUUAUCUCAAGGAGAACAAACAAAAACCUUACUGUCUACAGACCAGUUUAACCAAACUGAUUAUCAAGCUAUUUACAAUGAACCGUUUUUUAAUAAUGAUCAACAAUUAAAUCAUGAAUCUAAUGUAGCAAUAGAAAGAAGAAAUAUUCAAAGUACUAAAACUUCAACUGCAACAACUGUAUUACCAAUUCAAUCUAAAAUAAUAAAUACUGGAAACAUAAGUGAUGCAGGACAUUCAUUAGCAGAAAUAAAAAAUCAUGAUAAAUGUAAAAAAAGAAAAAAUUACAAAGGACGGUCUAUUAGAGAUAAUAUCAAAGUUAAAGUCAUUAGACCAUCAAUCAUAGAUACUAGUACUAUUCUAAAAUGCGAUAAUAAAGAUAAACAUAUUAAAGAUAACACAAUAUCUAAUAACACAAAUAAGGAAGAAAAAAAUACUAUUGUUGUUAAAAAAAUAACCAAUAAUAAUGCUAUUAAGAAACGAAUCAUUAUAAAAGAUUCAAGUAUUAAACAGUUAGUGAAACCAAGUCAAGAUCUUCAAAGUUCUAUACAAACAAUGAAAUUUCAAAUACGAUCAGCUUUACAAAAGUGUGAAAAGAGAGAAUUUCUUGUCUUAACCAACAAUAAAUAUGAACCAUAAAUAUAUUAACUGCAAAUAGUACAAAAGGUUUUACAAUUUCAUUUAUAAAAAUACAUUAAAACUUAUUUUAUAUUUACAUAUAAUCAUUUAAAUAAUAACUGUAGAAUUCACAUCCCAUUGAAUUCCUUUAAAUUUUGAUUUUGCAUAAGAUCUCUUAUGUGGUGGUGUAUUUUCAUGUUGUAUCAUAUUACUGAAAUUUUUAUUCUGUAACAUAUGUUGAGGGGAUUUAGUCAAUAUUGUAUCUAAUUGAGCAUUAUUACACCUACUUCUGAGAGGUGUUCGUUUCUAAAGAGAAAAAGAAAAUUAAGUUAAUGUUAUUACCAUAAGAAAUAUUAUUUAUAUUUGUAUAUAACACCUUUGUAUAUAAUACCUUUGAUGUUUCAUUUAUAUUUGAAUUAUAUGGUACGAAAGCUUUUCCA